CCGGAGCUCCAACAACCUGAAACUGCUCGACAAACAUCACCGUGGAGACGGGGAAGCUUGUACCAUGCAGCCCGUAGAGGAGGACAGACUGGGACCGUUGAUUUUUGAGCCCUUUCUACAUUGACGGAGUAUUUCCCCCCCUCUUUUGUUGGGGACAUUAUUGCGAUCUCAUUGAUCUAACAUACCUUUACUCCCAUCCACGCACCCGCGCGCGCUCUCGCAUCACUGGACGGAUACGCGGAGCGCUUUCGAUUCCGUUCCCGUUGAACACUAACCCCCCUCAAGGAGCUAAAACAUUAAGGAAAACACCUGGAAACAUGGAUUUAUUUUCCACCCCACCUCGCGUUUGCUGGUGGAGGAUCCUGUUUCUCCUCAGCAUCUUCCAAAAUUACAUGAGCUCCAUGCUGGACUGCCCACCGACCUGCACUUGUUCUACCACUGACAUCUUUUGCAAUAAGUCUUACCAAGGGAAUUUCCUUCCCCUCUUGGCACUACAGGACACCGUGAGCGACGGGAAUACCACUAACAGCCUCCCGGACCUGUUUGAGAACAUCUCCUCUAUACACAUUGAGAACUGGUCAGGCUUGCAGGAGUUGAGGGGCGUUGACAUGGAGUUGUACACUGGGCUUCAGAGACUGACCAUUGCGAACUGCAACUUACAUGUGAUUCAGCCACGAGCCUUCGCUCAGAACCCAAACCUGCACUACAUAAACUUGUCCGGGAACCCUCUGACAACUCUCUCAUGGCAACUCUUUCAGAAUCUCCAACUUUUCGAGCUGAAACUGGAAGGAGUGGUGUUUAACUGCAGCUGCAGUAUCCGUUGGAUCCAGCUGUGGCAGCAGCGAGGCGAGGCCGGACUCCAUAACCAGCAGCUGUUCUGCAACAACGGAGUCUCCAAGAUCCCUCUACAGCUCAUGAACAUCUCUCAGUGUGAUUUGCCGGAAAUCAGCGUGAGUCACAGUAACCUGACGGUGAUAGAAGGUGACAAGGUCACAAUCACCUGCAAUGGAUCAGCGGUGCCUGUCCCGGAAGUGGAUUGGACUGUCGGUGAACUGCAUUCAAUUAACACACACCAAUCCAAUCAAUAUCCACCGAAUGUCCACUCCAUCAACUUAACUCUGGUCAAUGUCAGCCGAGACGAUAACAGCUUCAUGCUGACCUGCAUUGCAGAGAAUAUAGUUGGGAUGACUAAUGCCUCAAUACAGCUUUCAGUGCAGUUCCCUCCUGUCAUCAUUAAGUUUGAGGAGCCCCAGAAAUUGCACGACACAUGCAUGAUGUUCACGGUUCGUGCGCACCCCCUGCCCACCCUGAGGUGGUACUAUAAGGGCGAGGAGAUCAAGACCAACGAAUACGUUCGUCCAGAUGUGGUGGUCUAUCAGGACAACCUGGAGGGAUGCCUCAUGUUCAAAAACCCAACACACCACAACAAUGGCAAUUACACGCUGGAGGCCAGCAACUUCCUGGGCGUGGCUGUCAAAACUGUGUACGCCCACUUCCUCCAACCACCUUUUGAUGACUACCACGAUUAUGUGAGUCCUACGCCGACCGCUAUUCCAACCAUGACACAUCGGCCUGAAGAGGACACGUUUGGCGUGUCGAUUGCGGUUGGCUUGGCUGGCUUUGCCUGCGUUCUCCUCGUCGUUAUGUUUGUGCUAAUCAACAAAUAUGGCAGACGUUCAAAGUUUGGCAUGAAAGGACCCGUGGCUGUGAUCAGCGGUGAAGAAGACUCCGCCAGCCCCCUCCAUCACGUCAAUCACGGCAUCAUAACCCCGUGUACCCUGGACGCUGGGCCAGACGCUGUGGUGAUCGGUAUGACCCGUAUCCCAGUGAUCGAGAACCCACAGUAUUUCCGGCACGGGCACAACUGCAACAAGCCCACCACUUAUGUACAGCACAUUAAGCGCAGAGAUAUCGUGCUCAAGAGGGAACUGGGCGAAGGGGCCUUUGGGAAGGUGUUCCUGGCAGAGUGCUACAACCUAAGCCCCACUAAGGACAAGAUGCUGGUGGCUGUCAAGACCCUGAAAGACCCAACCCUUGCGGCGAGGAAAGACUUCCAGCGGGAGGCCGAGCUGCUGACCAACCUUCAGCACGACCACAUCGUGAAGUUCUACGGCGUGUGUGUGGACGGUGACCCGCUUAUCAUGGUCUUCGAGUACAUGAAACACGGAGACCUCAACAAGUUCCUCAGAGCUCAUGGUCCAGAUGCAAUGAUCCUGGUUGACGGACAGCCACUGCAGACUAAUGGUGAACUGGGUUUGUCUCAGAUGCUGCACAUAGCCACUCAGAUCGCAUCAGGGAUGGUCUACCUGGCAUCUCAGCACUUUGUGCACCGUGACCUGGCGACACGCAACUGCCUGGUGGGCAACGGGCUACUCGUGAAAAUUGGAGAUUUCGGAAUGUCAAGAGACAUCUACAGCACUGACUACUAUCGGGAUAUGGUGCUCCAACAGGUGGGUGGACACACCAUGCUACCCAUUCGCUGGAUGCCACCUGAAAGCAUCAUGUACAGGAAGUUCACGACAGAGAGCGAUGUUUGGAGCUUCGGCGUCAUCCUCUGGGAAAUCUUCACCUACGGCAAGCAGCCAUGGUUUCAGCUGGCAAAUAAUGAGGUAAUCGAAUGCAUCACACAAGGACGUGUGCUGGAGCGGCCACGGCUUUGUCCCAAGGAAGUGUACGACAUUAUGCUGGGAUGCUGGCAGAGGGAACCGCAGCAGAGGUUGAACAUCAAAGACAUCCAGAAAAUUCUUUAUGCCUUGGGUAAAGCCACACCUGUCUACCUGGAUAUCCUGGGCUAAUGUUUGUUGGGAAUAUGUUUGGAUGUCUGUCUGCAUCCGUUGGAUAACGGAGGAACGGAAAAACCUGGGAUUUACCCCAAACAACAUGUACCACUGUCAGACAACUACAACAUGGGAUGGACUUAAGUGCCUGCUACUCCUUUCGAUACACUGGAUAACAGUCUUUAAAAAGCACUUUUACAUUUUGUUUACCUGCAUAUAAAGAUGUACAGUUCUACUGCAAGAAGAGGAAUCUCCUUUAUUUCUUUGUUAUUUUUCUUUUUAUUUUGGUAAGAACAGCCUACUUUUAAACUCUAAAGGAAAAGGAACAAUGGAAACCAUUUAUUUCCCCCUAAAAUAUGAAAAAAAGGUUUUGUUUUGUUUUGUUGUUGUUGUUUCCUGACUGCCUGACAAUUCUCCCCGUAGUUACUUGUUUUUCAUUUUAUAAAUAUAUAUAUUUUUUUUAUUUAUUUUUCUUUCACUUCCAAGUGUGGAUGUAUGCCAUGUUUCUUGCUGAGGGUCGCCUUUCGGAUAUGACUGCUUAACGUGUUGCCAUGUCAGAUAAUUGGCAAGGACUUUUUUUUCGAAAAAAGCCUUACUGCGCUCUGAUUGGCCGGAUCUUCUCUUUGACUCUACAGGAAGUAUCCAACAGGGCUUUUAAAUAUUCUGAGGAGCUUUUUAGUGAAUGGAAUAACUUGAAGGAACCACCAAUCAAUACAAAGGAGUUUAUUUAAAAAAAAAAAAAAAGAAUGUACAUAAUGUAAAUUUCUGUCACAAGCAACAGUAUGUUAACUUAUUUCAUUUCCUGAUUAGAUGAUUUUAGUUCCUUGGCGUGCUGUUACGGUGAGUGACUUCUAUAAAUAUUUUGAUAAUAUUUUAAUGUUUUUUUUUUUUUUUUUUCACAUGUCCAUAGAAUGUAUGUUGAUAUUUCUAAAGGAUUUUUUUUGUUUGUUUUUUGGUUUUCCCCCUCUUUUUGUUUUGGAUGUGACCUAGAGCUCAAGAACGGUUAGGGUUUUCAAACAGAAACACACCACAAAAAGGGAAAUCAUGAGAUGUUGCCUCGCUCCUUGUAUUCCAGAGACCAUUUGCUUCUGAAAUGAAUGUAACAGGAACAGUAGAAUUGUUUCCCAAGUGAGAUCAUGCCCAGAAAAUACUCAUAUUCCAUUCAUUAGCCCUCAUUGCUUUUAUGAACUGUGAUUUAUGCUUCUUUGCAAACAUAAUAUAUCAUCCUUUACCAUAGUUUUAUUAAUAAAAGAGAGAUGGUUACGCUAACUGGAAGAACUAGCAUGAGCAGCGUUUUUCAUUAUGUCUAUGCUAAAUUCCAUAAGAAACACUGUCCAUUCCUAGUUCUCCAACCAGUAUCAUGUAAUAAAUAUAGCUAUGCUUCUAAUAGAGUCAUCAAAACAUAAUGGAAGAGAAUCCAUAACAGCAUUGUGGAUUCCACAAUAAAGCGAUAAUUGCAUAAUCAAGAUGGAGCUUUCCUAAUACUAAAGGGCUUCUUUGAAACAUUCUUCAUUUAUUCUGAAGUGACAUUUGGAUUUUAUUGUAAUAUAUUCUCUCGGUUUUGCUGGCUCAUGCUUUUCAUUCAAGGUGAUCUGUGGCUCAGUAUUUGUCUAAUGAUAAAUCUAUAAUCAUUACACGUGGAAUAAAUCAGCCAAGUAAUCUUUAGUUCAGCUGCAGAAGCGGUGUGCCUAUCAGUGCAAACGAUUCUUGAGCACACACUUUUACAUCAAUCAACAGCGGAGCAUUUUAUAAAACUAAACCACAACUAAACCACUACCAAAAGUGAAAAAAGUCAAAAACUUUCCUGCUUUUAACAGGAAAAAGUCUCUAUCAGGAACCGUGACUUAAAUUGCUGUUCGAGGCAACCUGCCCAUCACAGUUCGACAGAACACAUUUGCGCUUAACCAUAAUCUCAACCUUCACAUCAGGAAAAGUUCCUGGCGCAGAGGAAGUGACUUGAACAUUUGUUGAUCUUGUUGUGUUGUUUCUCUCUGCUUCCCACAGAGGCCAGAUAAUUCUCUCCACAUCUAUGACAAGGGGGAAAUUGCAAAAGUCUUUCAAUAACACCGUCAGCGAUGUGCUUAUGUAUGAUAAGACGCUGCUCAUUUUGAUUUUCUCGUCAGCUACGGGGCCCUGCUGCAGAUAUCCACUGACUUUGCAAUUUUGCUCACCAAGCUUUUGUGCAGAACACAACUGCUUGCUCGAACAGACUCGAGUUCUGCUUUCCUCUAGCAUCUGCAUCCUGGACGAGCCCUUAGUUUGGGAGUACGUUGUAAACACAGUCCCCUUUUCCACCAACAAGAACCAGGUGCCGGUUCAGAGCUAGAGUUGGUUCGGAGUUGGUUCGACUGACAAGCUUUCAAAGAACCGGUUUGCCUUUCCACAGGCUAGAGAGCCAUCACAGAGCCAGAUCUUACGUCACUGUAUACUCAUGUUGCCCAGCAACGCUAGCGCGGCACACACAAACACACCAGGCUUGUUCGAGAUGGUUCAACACUGUGAAUCCCGAACUGCGAGAGAGAUUCGAAAAAACAUUAGAAAAAGAUUCGAUUCAAAAGCAGGAGUCGUAAACUCUCCAAACACUCCCGCGGCUCCGAUCAGUCCACUCUGCAUCUCGAACAAGCCUUCCAUCAACAUUGGCGGUUGUUGAGUUACUAUUUAUGCUCAUGGCUUUGCAAACCUACAUCGUUAUUCAAACACGGCGAAUCCAGCACAUCCCUGCAGCUUAACGAAGAUUACUAUCGAGCUGCUAGUAGCAUGAUUAGCUGCUAUUUAAAAAAAUGGCAGUCACAAGUUUUUUUUUUUUUCGUCUUGUUGGUCACAGUAACCACGCCCCCGGCUGCUGACGUAAGCGGUUCUUACUUCUAGACCAGCAAUGAUUUGGUGCGGAGCUGGUGCUUUGGUGGUCGAGAAAACAAAGAACCGAUUUGAAACUAGGCUCUGGCUCCGAACCAGCACCAGCUCUGCCUUGGUGGAAAAGGGGUAUUCAUUCAUUGUAAUUUUUGCAAAUCUCUCAUUGAUGUGGCAUACUAGAUUUUACAUGUCAAUUGUAGUAAACAGUGAGCAUGCAUGCUGAAUUAGGUUCUUAUUGGAAGGAAAGAAAAAAUGUCACUUUUGGCAAUGAAAGCAAGUCCCAGCCGUCCCGUAAAGAGACAAAACUUAGAGAAUGCAAAUCGGGCUAAGUUCAAAAUAUGAAACGUUAUCAUGAACAGGCUAUUGCUUCUUUUUUCUGUUUGGGCAAUUUUAUGGGCAAAAAAAACAUUGCUGCCUCCCUCACAUUUCCCUUUAAUAAAUUGCUGGUUUAUUCUAAAAAGAAAAUGGUAUCAGCACUAGCAUGCUUCAUCUCCACUGUGGCAGUUUUUAACAAUAUUAUUAAAGGAAUAGUUCACUUAAAAAAAUUCUGUCAUCAUUGAAUUGCUUUCUUCUGCUGAACACAAAAGAAGAUACUUUGAAAAAUGUUGAUAACCAAAGUUGAUGUAUCCCAUUGACUUCCAUAAUAUAUAUUUUUCACACUAUGGAAGUCAAUAGGGUCCAUUAACUGUCAUUCUUCAAAAUAUCUUUGUGUUCAUCAGAACACAUUUCAUUUUGAAGUGAAGUAUUCCUUUAAAUAAUAACCAUCGAUAUUAAAUGUAUACUUUAAUCAUGCAUUAAAACAUUGUCUGGGCAUUUGUUUUAUGACUGGCCAGCAUUUUCCACUUCUGAAACAUAAUCAUAGUAUAUAUUUCUAACAAAUAGACUGCACCUGUUUCCUGAAGAGGUCUAAAGGUUGUGGCUCACUGUUGCCGGCAGUGGUUAAUGAAGAUUAUUUGAGUCGCUGGGUACAUAACUGUGACUAACAGGGUUGAAAGAGUCAGACAUUUCUCUGUGGUUUACUUGGUGGGACCGAUCGUGGCUCAACGACCUGUGAAAUGUGGAUUAUACAAAGGGGUCGGGCUGCGGGGACUGGGGAGGCUGUAUCUUUAUCACCUGAACGCCGUCUGAGAACUAGCGUGCGCUGAAUUAGUAGUUUCAGUAAAUGAAAGGACGCGAGUGUGUAAGCCACAGCUGGUUUGGAGAGGGGGAUCAGAAGAGAGAGAGAGAGUGUGACAGCAGGGUGACGAUAUGGCAGCUCCAGGGGUUGCCGCGACUCUAAUGACUUCACCUUGCAGAAAUGGGUGGAAAUUACCAAUGAAAUGAGUUUUUGGCCCGGGCUUUUAGAUAUCCCUUAAAUAUGAUGGCCAGUCUUUCGGUAAUCCCCCUGAGGCAGAGAAGAGAGGUGUGUGUGUGGUUGAACUGAUGUGUGUGUGUGUGUGUGAAAGAGAGAGGUAGGAGAGAUGAAUCAGUGAAGGUCACACGCUAACAUAGUGGAUAGAAGUGCCACAGCGCUGUCUGUUGGCAGGCUAACAGAGUUGAGUUAAGCAUUCAGAGCUGUGAGGCAGGCAGAAUCUCCCUCUCUCGCUUACCGCCGCCAUGGCAGCAAGCAGGCGCACGGCGAUUGAUGAGAGGUUUAAGACCUUAAUCAUGAGGAGAAGAAGCGAGGCAGGAAGCUGGAACAUUACGUCUGGAAUGAGCUCUCUUUCAGCACUUCAUAACCCUGCAGACGGGCUGCAGAAACCUUGGCACAGUCACGCUUUGCUGCUGAUCUCAGAUCAGCUCUCUCCUCAUCCAUUUAUCCUACCUUCUGUGGGCCUGAUUUACCAAAGCAUUUAGCGCAUGCAAGACUGCUUUACUAGGACAAAGUGACGAAGAAAAACUGUAAUUGGCCAAUCACCGGCAAUGUUGCUCAAAUCCAAUGUCUAGAAUUGCCUGCAAAGACGUCAUGUGUUAACUUUUUUUACCCGAAUUGCUGCCUUUAAUAUAUUCUGUUUUGAGCACUUGGAGGCAAUGCUAAUCCAAGCUUUGCUUCUUUCGAAACCAGUAACAACCCCAUCAAAUUAGCCGACCAGCUUUUAGAACUCAUUUACCCCCCCGACAUUUGAUGUGGACACCUGGAGCAUUAAUCUUCAAGAGAUGCAGUCACGCUGAAUAUCUUACUGAUUGAAUCUGUUAUCCCAAAUUGUUGUCUCUGCAGAUCUUCGGCUGUUACUGUGACUCGCAUAAAACAUGCUAUUCGUUUUUUGCCUGCUAGAUAAAACUCAUUUUCAUUGCCUUCAAAACAUUUAAUUAAAGAUCCUUAUCUGAUUUGAAACCCCACUCCUAAAUUACAAAUGAGACUACCAGAACAAGUCCUUAUCUACCUCCCAGUGCAUUGCGGCUUAAGUACACUUAAUGUACUGUGGAAAGACGGCGUUCCAAACGUUUGGUCGAUUCACGUCACACUCUGCUGAUGAUACGCAUAUAACAAUGGCAGUGUUUUUACACAUCCGAAGUAGCGAUAUCCCUGAGAAAGAGCCAGCUGCAUUUCGAGAGCCUGACUCAGCUCACGGCGCAGUUGCUGUACACCCUGGCACAUGGACAAGCAUGUGAAUCGUGUUACUUAGAACAUAAAGUGAUCUAUGGUUUAGGCCGGCAGAUCUCCUGAGCUGUGGGAAAAGCUGAACCCGCUUCCAAGGACAGUUGUGCAUUUAACUCGGGAAAAGCCUGGCCAAAUGCAACUCCGGUUUUCUUAAAAGGGAGGUUAAAAUUGACUGCAGCAUUAAGACUUCAGAUGGGGAGCAAUCUCCUGCACUGUCAGCAGACUUUGACAUCUAGAUUAACCUUGCUGCUGUGAGUGUGCUGACGGCUCUCAUUAGGAUGCAAGAAGCAUCUCGGAUCUUCUAUUCCAAAGGUACCUUGGCCCCCUCUUUCCCUGUGUGAAAAGGAAAGUGGGAUGAGCCAGCACAUACACACUGAUCCAAGCGAGGUAUGUGGAGUAUCUUUUUUUGGAACGGAAAUGUUGAACAAAUGGUGAUCUGUCCUAGCCUUGCCUUGCCUUGCCUUGCCACCCUUCCUGGGUUUACUAGUCCACCAGCAAGUAUGGAUAUCCCAAAGGGUCUAGGUGGACAUUUAGGUGUAAGUCUCUUUCGGUCUCUCUCUCUCGUCUUUUUGUACAGAACUGUUUUAUUUCCUAAUAGAGACUACAGCCCUUUGUUCCACAGAAGAAUACUUGUCAAUCAGAACAAAAAAAGGACUGCGCUCCUUUGAGCUCUUUGUUCAGACUCUUAAAUGUAUUAUUCAAGCUCGUUCCACUCUCUGGUCAAACUGAGGGAGAAAGAUGUUUUACCGAGGUGAUUACUACAAGGCAGUUCCAACUCCGAGUGAAAAGUUAUUUCUCUUGUAAUUGUUUCUUUUCAUUUGUGCCAGAUAAUGACUGUAACCUUGUUGGUCAAAGCUCAAUACCUAAACAGCAUGGCGAUUAGUCGUUACCCUAUUGUUUGCCAAGUUUGUAAAAUAAACUGCCAGUUGUCAACUCAAUAAGGCGCCAAUAAGUCACUUUUUCUUUCUAGCUGUAGCCGUUCCAAACGUCUUUGAUGCAGUAUGCUUGUGUAUACGGGUUUUUCUGCUGAAACAAAUUGGUCUUCGCUAGUACCUGCCUUGCCACGAUGUUGUUUAGCAGAUUGUCCUGCUUGAACCACUGCUCUUUGAUCAACUAAGACCAGCAUACCAAUUUUAGGUUGUUGCAAGCUAUUUUUUACUGCAUGGUUGUAAUUGUAAAAGCCGUUCAAAACACUGCCUUUAACUAAUAGAGCCCAUAAUCCAACAAUGAACAAAUCAGGGCUUUCUGAAUCGAGGAGCAACUGCUGAGAGAUUGCUUUAAAUGUCUUCCUUAACGGCAUGGCUAACAGUGGAGUUAAGAGGGUGCUAGCAGGGGUUCCACCCAUACAAUAACCUGAUUAAAAAUAGUGAGAAGGAUGAAUAGAGCAGAAGUGGGGUGGCGAGUUUGUGACUCACUCUAUGCUUCCCACGUUUGCCUCAGAACUUGGGUGACAUUUCAGAUCACAGCUCGUCUGCACUAGCACUGCCACCCACAACGCCAUGCGUUUAAAUCAGAAUAAAACUAACCUCUAACUGCAGCGUAACAAGAACAUGUUUGAGUCACAGUUAUAGUUUGACACCUGGCCCAUAAGUUCCAAUUAACCCUAUCAUGAUAGAGCUGACAUUAUAGUUUAUGGCACAUUUAGCAUAUUUUCAUGAGAUCAGGACACAACCUAAACAGGAAUGUGGUUAAAUUUGUGUCAGGGUCUCCUCGUAUUCUUUUAUUGAUGCACGUGACAGUUAUUUAUUACUACAAGCAGACCCUAGAGACUAACAUUUAAGGCCAUUGCUAUCAGAGUGUUUGAUAGCUGAACGACAGCAAGGUCAGAAUUAACAAUUAAUUGGCCUUAGGUCAAAGUAGUAGGUAUGUAGGACACACAUGCUUUGUUUUCUGUGGCGGCGUAACAAUCAUCAUGCCAUGCUAGAAUACACAGGGAUGUUUUAGAGAUCAAAUGCUUUUAGAAACUGACAAUUUUAUCAAUCAAGUGUUUUUGUACUGUAUGUUGAAGAGUUGGUAUGAAGAUAGCUCUGUUCAUAAAAGUAAACUUUAAAUAUUAUAUUAAGCGAAUAACAUAGAACGUAUUUUGAACGCCAUGUUCGGGUUAUAGUCGCUGCUGAGGACCAAAUGAUUUUAGCUUUAGAAUCACUGGGAUUUGACUUAUUUAACUGUAGCUAGUUAAGCUAAGAUGUUAGCAUCAAGCUUUUGCGUGUUUUGAUCAGACUUGCUAGACUAGUUUAAGAUAUUUUUGAUGGGUAGCUUUUGGUGGAAAUGUGACAAAGCUGUAAAGUUACACUUUUUUUUUUUCUCUCGAAAGGUCUGGCAAUGUUGUCGAAAAUCUUAUAUUAUGAGAUUAUAUAACUUCUGCCCUUUUUACAAAAUCUUUUUAGAAUCCGUCAUAAAAUGAAGAGAUAGUGACAGCAGUGUCAUCUUUGAUGUAAGACAUUGCAUCAUUCUUAUAAGCAUUAGUCAUUGGAUAUACUGUAAGACAGCAUUUGAAUUCUUGGCAAAUUCGUAUUUUUUUUUUUUUUUUUUAAAGUCUUCGAAUCUGUUUCUCAGAUAAAGACUGGUGAUUAAAGAUGACGAUUAAGAUUCUUUCUUUGUAAAGCAGGGUUUUUUUUUUUAAAGAAUUGUCUUUUUUAAACAAUUCAGAUAAACCAUUUUUUUUUCGCUAAAUAAUGUAAAUAUUGUAAUGAAAGCCAUAGAUAGAUAGUCUAUUUGGUAUUUAAAGCCAUAUGAGGAAGUAUGUUAUAGGAAUGGCGUUAGAAGUAUAUGCACACGCUUAAAUUAUGUUAUCGGACCAGUUAGCUUUAUUGUUUGUGAAAGAGGGAAAAAUGAUUGGGAAAAUGGUGUGGGUCUGGAACACAGAUAAAACUGCAGUGGAAGAAAAGGAAAUGUAGUCUUGCAGUGCUAAAUCCAAUCGAUGCCUAAAAAGCCACAGCAGGAACUGACAUUUCCAACCUUGUUUUAAAAGCCAACCUCAGCUAUAUUAAACUCUGCAGGCAACAGGAUUCUCGUCCAAACAAUAUGGCUCACCAUAUAUUGUUUUGACCAUCUUUUCAUCUCUCAAACAUAGUGGACGUACACUUGGAAAGCAGAUAUCUGAGCUGAUCUUUUUGUCAUUGUGCCUGGGCUCUAGAGGAAAGGCCGGACAGGGAUCUGGAAUGCAGGGAGAGCAGAUAGAAUCCUAAUCAUGUAUGUGAUUGGACUCUGUGUUUCCAGUAACAAUAACAACACUGGUAGAUAUUGGUGGAAGAGAAAUAUAUUACAAGGAGGCUGUAUUGCCGUUGCCUCAAAUUCAUGUCAACAAGUUUUCAUCGUUGUUUUCAUGUCUUUUAAAUGGAUGCUUUGUUCAACAGCUUGUUCAUUGAUGUCACUGGGCAGUAUAUACAGUAAACAAAGCUAAGCGAUUCAUAAAACCAUGUUCAUAUUACUCAUUAGCAAUAUCUCUGUGUGUGUCACUAUCAUUGUAGUAUUCAUCUUUCAACCUAAUAUAUUUCUCUUCCUGUGAAUUGUGUGUCGGAAAAUUCCAUUGCAAUAUUCAACUAUGGGAGACAUUUAAGCUACACAUCUGUUUAAAUAUGUGGUCUUUUUCAUCUGGGCAAAUGCAAGAACUGCAGUUGGGCAAUGUCGAGUACAAAUGUCUGAAUAUUUAUGUGUGAUGAGUGCAUAUAUUUUGUGUUUUCAUUGCCAUUGAGCUGUGUAUGGUUUGAAUAUAAAAACUUUGUGACACCCUCUGGCAAUCACAGUAAUGUAUUUUCCAUCUGAGAAGUCCUAGCUGAAGUGCUGACUUCACGAUUUCUCUCGAGUAUUUCUACCAUCUUGUCCGAACCCUCGUUAGAAUGACGAUGGAACGAGGUGUGAAAAAAAAAUCUCGCGGUUCCUCUAUUUGUAACUCAUCGUUAAUCCACCUGUGUUCCGUUUACUGAUCCAUCUAUAAACUAAAAACAGCUGUAACUAACUAUGUAUCCUAUGAUGAUUUAUGUAGACUUAUUCUAUAAAUAAAAAGAAAAAAAUACA